AUGCAGAGCGACAACGAAUAUGUCUCCGCUGAGAGCGUUCAGGAUGGGGUUUCUAGUCCAAAAAGUGCAAGUGAAAGUCAAACAGAGGCCAUUAACAGCCCAAACAUGGCAGGUACCAGCCCUAAAACGUUAAAUUUAAGCCCUGCUAAGGUCAAUAUGAGUCCAAGUAAGGCAAGUCGUGGGACGUUUGUCGGGGGUACCAUAUUAAAGGUGUCACCAGCGGGCAAGGCCAUGGGACAAUUUCAGUCCGAAAUCUGGAAUGAGGACAACUCAACGGGAGGGUUUGUGGCGGAAUGCGUUAAGGCCAAAGAGCUGAAAGACCUGCCCAAAACCUCCAUCAAGGACCGCAGUGGCCCCAAUUUGCUGAUGUGGUUGCAUGACAACCCCACCACAAAGUACGCGCACACCAUCACACACCCCUCGCGCUACGGGCUACCAGAUGCCCAGGAUACACAGAAGGACGUCACAUUCGUACCCUUCAACAUAGAAACAGACAGGUAA